CUUAUUUUUAAAAAUAAUAGUUUUUUAAAAAUACUCUCUAAUAAAGGCCUUUUUUUAUUCUUAAUUAAGGUCGACCUAUUCGAUAUUCUUAAUAAAAAAAACCGACCCAAGUUUUAUCUACUUUUUACGCUUAUAUAUAUAGAAAAAGUAAUAACAGAGCGAUUCCUAAGCGGAUUAGCGAUAGACCUAGAGUUAAUUAUUUUAUUUAAAACUUUUUUUAAAAACGGUAAUAAGCUUAAUAAGACGAGCUUAAUAUUAAAGAUUAAGGCGGCUAAGACUAUAAUCUAUUUAUACUUAUAUAAUCUUUUUUAUCCCGACGCUGUCGAAAAAGAGAUAUACGCUUUUUUAAACGUUUUUAUUAUAAAUAAAGUGUUACGGCCAGCUAGUCGUAGUGAGGUUUGUAUUAACAGAAGUCAGGGCUGCGAUACUUAUAAACAAUAG